AUGGGGUUUACCACAAUUUUAACUCUCACCUUUCUCUUGUUUAUUGGAACUACUUUGGUGAAUGGAUCCACUCCAAAGCAUUAUAUAAUUUACAUGGGAGAUCAUUCACACCCUAAUACAGAAUCUGUCAUCAGAGCAAACCAUGAGAUACUAGCUUCAGUCACUGGAAGUGAUGCAAAGGCAACAGCACUACACCAUUAUAGUAAAAGCUUUCGAGGCUUUUCCGCAAUGAUUACGUCGGAUCAAGCUAAUAAGCUUGCAGAAUAUGAUUCAGUUGUGUCUGUUUUUGAGAGCAAAAUGAGUAAGCUCCACACAACACAUUCUUGGGAUUUUCUUAGAUUAGGCAUAGUCUACAAUAGCAACCACAUAGCUAUAGACUCUACAUCCGAUGUCAUUGUUGGUGUCAUUGACUCUGGAGUAUGGCCGGAAUCGGAAAGCUUUAAUGACUACGGAAUAGGUUCCGUGCCUGAGAAAUUCAAGGGCGAGUGUGUUACCGGCGAUAAUUUUACGCUUGCCAAUUGCAACAAUAAAAUCAUUGGUGCACGGUUCUAUUCAGAAGGUUUUGAAGCAGAAAACGGUCCUCUAGAAGGCGUUGUGGACAAGGUUUUCUUCAGAUCAGCUAGAGACAGCGAUGGACACGGAACACACACAGCUUCCAUCAUUGCAGGAUCCAUUGUUGCUAAUGCUAGCUUAUUCGGCAUUGCCAAAGGAACCGCUAGAGGCGGUGCUCCAAGUGCAAGACUUGCUAUCUACAAGGCCUGUUGGUUUGGAUUUUGCAGUGAUGCUGAUGUUCUUUCUGCUAUGGAUGAUGCUAUUCAUGAUGGUGUUGACAUACUUUCCCUCUCCCUUGGUCCUAAUCCUCCGCAGCCAAAUUACUUCGAGGACGCAGUCAGCGUCGGAGCAUUCCAUGCAUUUCAAAAGGGAAUUCUUGUUUCUGCUUCUGCUGGAAACUCGGUUUUUCCUCGAACGGCUUGCAACGUUGCUCCUUGGAUCCUCACUGUCGCUGCUAGCACGUUAGACAGAGAAUUCAGUUCAAAUAUCUACCUCGGCAACUCAAAAGUUUUGAAGGGUUUUUCUCUAAAUCCAAUAAGAAUGGAGCAUUUUCAUGGUUUGAUAUAUGGAAGUGCAGCUGCAGCUUCUGGAGUUCCAGCAACAAAUGCAAGCUUCUGCAAGAACAAUACUCUCGAUCCUACCUUAAUCAAUGGAAAAAUUGUUAUCUGCACAAUUGAAACUUUCACCGACAAAAGAGAAGAAAAAUCGAUAAUUGUAAAGCAAGGUGGUGGUGUUGGAAUGAUACUUAUUGACCAUAAUGCCAAAGAAGUUGGUUUUCAGUUUGUCAUUCCAAGCACUAUUAUUGGUCAGGAUGCUGUAGAAGAGCUUCAAGCAUACAUAAACACAGAUAUGAACCCCAUUGCUAAAAUCUAUCCAACAAUAACUGUGGUUGGUACUAAACCUGCUCCAGAAGUAGCAGCUUUCUCUUCCAUGGGGCCAAAUAUAAUAACACCAGAUAUUAUCAAGCCUGAUAUCACAGGACCUGGACUGAAUAUUCUGGCAGCAUGGUCUCCGGUGGCUACUGAAGCCACGGUUGAGCAACAAUCUGUCGACUAUAACAUCAUUUCAGGAACAUCAAUGUCUUGUCCACACAUAUCCGCGGUCGCGGCAAUUAUCAAAUCUUACCACCCAACUUGGUCUCCUGCCGCUAUAAUGUCUGCAAUAAUGACAACAGCAACAGUAAUUGAUAACACAAACCACCUCAUAGGAAGAGAUCCAAAUGGAACUCAAACAACUCCGUUCGACUACGGAUCAGGACACGUUAAUCCUCUUGCAUCACUCAAUCCUGGACUAGUAUAUGAUUUCGAUUCCCAAGAUGCUCUCGAUUUUCUCUGCAGCAAUGGAGCUAGUCCAUCACAGCUUAAAAACAUCACUGGUGAACUUACUCAAUGCCAGAAAACUCCUACACCUUCCUACAACUUCAAUUACCCUUCAAUUGGUGUAUCAAAUUUGAAUGGAAGUUUAUCUGUUUAUCGGACCGUUACAUACUAUGGUCGGGAACCAGCAGUGUAUGUUGCAAGUGUUGAAAAUCCAUCUGGUGUGAAUGUUAAAGUUACACCAGUGGGAUUGAAGUUCUCGAAAACGGGAGAGAAGAUAACUUUUAGGAUUGAUAUUGUCCCUUUCAAGAAUAGUAAUGGAAACUUUGUGUUUGGUGCCUUGACAUGGAAGAAUGGUAGACAAAAUGUAAGGAGUCCUAUUGGUGUUAAUAUAGUAUCUAUAUAG